ACCCUAGAAUCUCCGAUUACAAUUCGAUCUAUUCUGUUUCUUCUUCUUCACCUUUACUCUCUCUUAAGCUCCAAGCAUACAAAUUUAACGUAUAGGGUUUACCGGGUCCACUUAGUUAGAAUCGGUUCUUGUGCAUACCUCUAGUCAUGGCGUAUCAUUCGAUUCCGGGCUCCUCGGGGUUUCACUACUUGAAUUCUCCUUUUGGUGAUACGACCUUCACUAAAGUCUUCGUUGGUGGCCUUGCCUGGGAGACUCAAAGCCACACUCUUCGUCGUCAUUUCGAACCUUACGGUGAGAUACUCGAGGCGGUCGUUAUUACCGAUAAGAACACUGGUCGAUCCAAAGGUUACGGCUUUGUGACUUUCCGAGAUCCAGAGGCUGCUAGGAGAGCCUGUGUUGAUCCAACACCUAUUAUAGAUGGCAGACGUGCGAAUUGUAAUCUCGCUUCUCUUGGGAGGCCUCCUCGUCUUCCACUACCCAAUAUUCCUGGACCUGCUUCUCCGUAUGUUGGAAGUGUGCAGGCUCCUCGCGGUUCACUCUUUGGAAGCCAUCCGUAUCAACAAACGCCUGCUUAUAGCUACCAGCAAGGAGUGAUGUACCCUUAUGGGGUUACACCAUAUGGACCUGAGUACAUGUACUCACAAUCUCAGGGCUUAUAUGGUCCUUACACUGGGCAACAGUACCUUCAGGUUUAUGGAGUGCCUGGGGGAAUUAACUCACCGAGCUACCAAUACGGGCAACUGAGUCAAAACAUCCCUGUUGGUCAUGGCUAUACAGCGGUACAGGGCUAUUCAGUUCCAGGAAGUCAUAUGCAAUCUCCCUACCCUUCAGCUGUAGCAGGUCCUUCCCCAACGCAGUCCCAUCCUCAGUAUAUGCAGAGUAGCGGUUCUGUUCAAACAACAGGGUGAAAAAAACUCAAUCAACGUAACAAGCUUGGUAGACAAAGAUAUAGCAUAUAUAUGUAUAUAAAUUUAAAAGAUGUACAGAUGCAUAUAUAGAAUGGUGGAAUCACAAAAUCUGAUUCUUUUGGUAGUUAAAGUAGUCUUCUUACUUCACACUUUCUCAAGGCAUAGGAGUGUGUGUGUUAGUAAGAAGAUUGUUAGGUAGCUUUUUUUUAAUGUCCUUGUUAAUGUGUAUUGAGCUCACUUAGCUUCAUAUCUUUGCAUAUAUUAGCCUU